AUGCCCGAGGAAGGCAUAGACCUAUCGCCCCAGCCCCAGCUGUUAACAUCACCGGAAAUUGUUUACUUAUCAUCACUCUUCGUCUCUCAGGGUGUUACAAAGAUCCGCUUGACGGGCGGGGAGCCAACCGUACGGAAGGAUAUUGUCCCCUUGAUGCAAGAAAUCGGCAAGUUACGGCAGGACGGGCUACGGGAGCUUUGUCUCACUACAAAUGGGAUUUCCCUACACCGAAAGCUAGACCAGAUGGUAGAAGCGGGCCUAUCAGGCGUGAAUCUGAGUCUAGACACUCUAGAUCCAUUCCAGUUUCAGAUCAUGACCCGACGAAGUGGAUUUGAGGCAGUGAUGAAGAGUAUAGAUCGCAUUCUGGAGAUGAAUCGAGUCGGCGCUAGCAUCAAGCUAAAGAUCAACUGCGUUGUAAUGCGUGGCUUGAACGAUCGCGAGAUCAUCCAAUUUGUCGAGCUAUGUCGCGAAAAGCCUAUCGAGGUACGCUUUAUCGAGUAUAUGCCUUUUGGGGGGAAUAAGUGGAAUAAGGGCAAGAUGUUCUCGUACCAGGAGAUGCUGGUGGUGAUACGAGAGAGAUAUCCGACGUUGGUGAAGCUCCACGAUCAUAAAAAUGAUACUAGCAAGACAUAUCAAGUACCUGGAUUCAAAGGUCAUGUCGGAUUCAUUACGAGCAUGACGCACAAUUUCUGCGGCACCUGCAAUCGGCUCCGAAUCACGAGUGACGGCAAUUUGAAGGUAUGUCUUUUUGGCAAUUCGGAGGUUUCGCUGCGAGAUAUCAUCCGAAAGGAGAAUGAUGGGCAGCCUAUCGACGAGGAAGCCUUAAAGAGACUAUGUCUCCUAGAUACUAUACAGGACAAUAGGGGCCUAGCUAGUGAACGAGAGCGUGAGAUCCUGGAUAUUAUCGGCAUGGCCGUGAAGCGCAAGAAAGCGAAACAUGCUGGCAUGGAUGAGCUGAAGAACAUGAAGAACCGUCCCAUGAUUCUCAUUGGUGGGUAG